GAGAGUGAAAGGGCAGCCUUCUGUGUGGGUUGUGCUGGAGGCCCCCCUCACCAUGGCCUUGACUCUUGAAACAGAAUCCCAGAUCUACCGCUCUCUCAGGGCUGUCUUUGGUGCUGCUGCACACCUCGUCUCACUCGGAUUUACGAUCUUUGUAGCUGUGGUUGCCAGACCUGGAUCAAGUCUGUUCUCCUGGCAUCCUCUCUUAAUGUCACUAGCGUUUUCCUUACUGAUGACAGAAGCCCUGCUGGCAUUCUCUCCAGAGAGCUCCCUGCUCCGGCCCUUCUCCCGGAAGGCCAAGAUCCGCUUCCACUGGGCUUUGCAGCUGCUUGCCCUCAUCUGUGCAGCACUGGGCGUGGCCUUCAUCAGCUAUAACAAGCACAUCAAUGGGAAAGCCCACUUUGCCACCUGGCACAGCCUGACUGGCUUGCUGACCGUGCUGUAUGCCAGCAUGCAGUGCAUGGGGGGGCUGGCUCUGCUCUACCCGAAGCUGGUGAACUGGACGCUGGCCAAACUGAAACUCUACCAUGCCACGUCGGGGCUGAUUGGGUAUCUUCUGGGUUGUGCCAGUCUGAUGCUGGGCAUGUGUUCUCUGUGGUUCACCACGUCUGUGACGGGAGUCUCGUGGUACCUGUCAAUGCUCAGCCCUGUCCUCACCAGCCUGGUUAUCAUGAGCCAGGUGAGCAACGCUUACCUCUACCGGAAAAGAAGUCAGCCAUGAAAGCCAUCUUGGAACAAACACCUUGAGGCGCCUUGACUAUUUCCUGCAUUGCCUUUGAGUCCACGGCCUUGCAAGGCACUGAAACUGG